AUCAAUGUGCUGUGCACGAACUUCCUAUCAGUUAAUUAAGUUACGUAGCUAAUAAUUACCCUGGGAACGGUCUUUCGCUAUUAUGUCCCUCCACAGUUUCCGUCCAUGGGUAAAGGUGAUGUAAAGCGAACUCUUUAGUACUUUCAAGUGAAAAAUAAAUCUACAUUUUACAAGCUGUUUGCAGACGCGUGGGGCACAUUGUGGACAUAUUGAACUGUGUAUAUAGCAUUAGGCUGCUCUUGCCAGAAGACGGUAUAGAACGUUGCUAGCUAACAAAGCACAGGCCUAGUGAACGGAAGUGGUAGUCUACCUGUCGUGAGAAUGGACUCUUGGGUUCGUUUCAGUUCGCAGAGCCAAGCCAAGGAGCGCGUUUUCAGGGCUGCACAGUAUGCCUGUACGUUGCUAGGCUACACUCUCCAGAAGGGUGGGUCAGGCGUUGAGCUCCUGAAGAUGGUGAAACAACUGGAAACGCAUAUGAGCCUAUCAAGGAAGUUGAUGCGUCUGGGGAACUCUGCAGAGGCUGUGGAGGCAGCGAAGCGUGCGGUGCACCUCUCAGACAGCGUGCUACGUCUCUGCCUGACCGUGGCCCACCUCAACAAGGCCAUGUACUUCGCCUGUGACAACGUGCUGUGGGCUGGCAAGGCGGGCCUCCUGCCCAAACUGGACCAGGACAAGUGGAGCCAGAGAUCCUUCAGGUACUACCUCUUUGCCCUCAUCCUCAACCUAACCCGGGAUGCCUACGAGAUCCGGCUGCUUAUGGAGCGUGAGGCCCGCUCCUCCCACGGGGGGUCAAAUGCUACCUGGACCUCCUCUCCAUCCCCUGAGAACGGAGACCUCUCCCACCCCCACCCCUCUUCCUCCUCCUUCCCUGUGGCCAUAUUACCCCUUCUGUCCGAACGCUUCGGCAGACAGUUCCACCUGCUGGGGACGGUGCUGCGCAGCAACCCACCACUGCUGCUGGACCUGCUGAAGAAUGCAUGCGAUGUGUUUAUCCCGCUGGACCGGCUGGGCAUCUACCCUACCGGCCAGGGCUUCGUGGGGGCCUGCGGCCUGGCCUCCUCUGUUCUCUCCAUCCUCACCAUCGUCCACCCCUGGCUCAAGCUCAAACCAUGAAGAAGCCCGAAUUUUUGGUUGAACGUUCUAGCUCAAGUCGAACAUUCCUCAAGCUCAAGCCUGGAAGGAGGCAUUUUGGCAGAACGUUUUAGGUCCGCUGGUAGAAGUCUAGAAGUGCUGUUGUGUCUAAGGAUGCAGCAUGAUGAGUCCUGUACACUGUUUGCUUGGAAAGUUUAGCGUUUUGAGCAGAUCAUGCUCAGAUAAAGGUUGGUGGACUGAAACAGUAGUAUUUCGAAUCAAAGAGAGAAUUUGCAAUUGAGCAUUGUAUUGGAAUUACGUCUUUUGUGUCCUGUUCAUGCUCUAAAAUGUUCAAACACUAAAUUCCCCAAAAGCCGUUUGGUUUGGUAGUUGAGAAGGACCUUCCCCAUGCAAGUGUAUUGAACCGGUACAUUGAACAUUGUUGACUCGGAAUGGUACACACACAGAGGUAGACGCAUAAACACGAAGUCAAAUUCAUAAAGUUUGUCAGUUGUGAUUUACCCAGGCUUUAAAGAAAAACUACCAAAAACUAUAUUUUGGUAUUUGUUUCAUUAGUCCAUUGUUGAUAUAGUCCCAAAAUGUUUUCAAGAUGUAUAACUUUUUUUAAAUACAGAAAUACACCCGGUAUGAUGCAUUUUGCAUCAUGAAGAAUGCAUCAUACAGGCUGUAUUUCUGUGUUUAGAAAGUUAUACAUCUUGAAAACAUUUUGGGACUAUAUCAACAAUGGACUAAUGAAACAAAUACCAAAAUAUAGUUUUUGGGGUCGAGUUUUGUUUUAAAGUCUGGGUAAAUCACAGCUACUGGGUGUUAUGAAGUGAUACACAGCACAAAGAAAGCCAGAAUGUCAUUCAGUGGGUGGAUACUUUGGGAUUUUGACAAUGAUGGCCCUUUAUCUACUUCCCCAGAGUCAUAUGAACUCGUGUUCCAUUUUAAUGAACUCACAAGCUGUGGGGAGCACAUGACAAACCCAAGAUUGUUGAUGAUUUAUAACAUCUCAGAUGAUUGUGAGGAGCAGCUGUCUUGCAUGUCUCAAGUCCAAACUUCUGUCAAAGGGGAGAGACCACGUCCACAAAUACUAACUGUCCUCUCAUAACUUGCACUUAGUUUAUAACCUUAAUUAGCAUUUGAAAUGGAUCCUGGUCUCUAGUAGGAAAGUGCUUCCACAUCCCUAUACAUACUGUUUCUGUCCUGUUAGUAUUCAAAAUGAUACCAUUGGAUAGGAUUAUCUGCACCUACAGCACUGGUUUGGGAGAUGAUUGUCCAAUGUUAUCCGUGAGGAACGCCGUACAGCUAGAUAUGUGGAACAUCUUCCUCAGUUAAUUAAAGCCAUAACAUAAGAAAGCUUUAUUUCUAUGAAGAGGUGCAAUAAAAUAUUGUGUGUGAAUGUUUAAUAAUAAUGACUGAGGUGAAGGGUCCUUUUUAUAAGCGGGUAAAGGGGACAUUUAUUGGCUUGUAUAGGGAAGCAAACCAGUCAGCUGUGUUCUUGUGCUGAUAUGGGUAAUAUGUCCACGGAGUAUUUUACAAACUUUUAUGCAUGUGUGAAAUUAAUUAUUGACUUUACAGACCCAGUGAUUAUGACAAUUAAGCAAAUGAUUCAGCCAACUCGGCAUCUACUGAUUCAGUCCAUUAAACUAUAUAAUUUGUUGAAUUCACUCAAAAGCAAAUGAUUUAGUCUACUUGUAAGUACUUUUGUUAAGCUACUUAUAAAUCAAUUUGUAUAACUCAAUUACAUCAAUAUUGUGUAUUAAUGCCAUGCCAUUUAAAGCCACUGAACCGGAUGCAAAUUAAAUUAUAUUAGAUAUUUAAGUGUAUUCAGCUGCAAUGACACAGCAGUGGGAUAAAGCCAUACUAUAUUAUUAUUAUUAACCUUUAUUUAACUAGGCAAGUCAGUAAAGAACAAAUUCUUAUUUACAAUGAUGGCCUACCCCGGGCAAACCCAGAUGACGCUGGCCCAGUUGUGCGCCGCCCUAUGGGACUCCCAAUCAUGGCCGGAUGUGAUCCGGCCUGGAUUCGAACCUCUUGCACUGAGAUUUUUUAUUUAACUUGGCAAAUCAGUUAAGAACAAAUUCUUAUUUACAAUGACGGCCUAAGAACAGUGGGUUCAGGGGAAGAACAACAGAUUUUUACCUUGUCAGCUUGGGGAUUCGAUCUAGCAACCUUUCGGUUACUGGCCCAACGCUCUAACCACUAGGCUACCUGCCGCCCCAAAUGCAGUGCCUUAGACAGCUGCGCCACUCAGGAGCCCAAAAUCUUUCAAAUGGGUCAUUUAAAACAUUUUACUUUCUCCUCUAUAUAUAUUCAACUUUUACAGUGCAAUGAGAGCACUAUGCUGGAAGUCAAAAUAUGCCAUUUGGUCUCUGGCUAGCUAGCAAAACAAUUUCUUAAUCGUUGUCCAUGACAGGCUAAUUGUAGACAUGAUUUCUGGUAUAAUCUCCUCCACUACUUUUGAGUUGAGUCACACUGUAGAGGUGUAACUGUUGAUGAUUCAUAAUCAAAUAUAAGACUAUAAUAAUCUAUGGCUUUGUAAAUAAUCCAGUAAAUAAUAUUUCAACUGUUUUGAUGCGAAUCAGAGCGGUUUGUUACAACCAUUUUCCUCAGUGAGUGAGAACAUUUUUAUAGCCAUGUUUAACAUCUUUGAAAUCUUGUCUUGAUGCUAAUGUACCACCAGUGCUGAGGCUUGGCCGCUGUGUGGAGAAAAAGUGUUCACAAAAUAAAUGCCUUUGAUUUAA